UGUCAACUCAGGACGGUUCUCUCACACAGAGCGCUGCCUAACACGUUCAACUCAGCUUUUCAGAGGAGUCCUACAGGGAACUAAUUACAAAUUAGAGGAGAAGAAUCAUCAGCUCCCGAGUUGUAUUUUUGCACUCCCCUGUGAGAUUACGAAAAUGAAAAUUGAUUUCGCUCUCAUACUGGCGUGCACCUUACUUGUGGGCACAUCUUGGGGGAGGGGUGGAGGAGGAGGAGGAGGAGGUGUGCUGCCGGAUGGGCCGUGCAGGUCGGGCUUCUCCGAGAGCUUCUACACGGUGUUCAUCCCACAGGACCUGCUGCACGGCCAGAGCAUCCUCAGAGAUACCCUAUUGGCAGCAGAACGCGUGAAGUUUGAAGGUUGCCAUGUCGUCGACUUACUUGGCUUCGAGAGCAGCGACCCGAACUACAGCGUGCAGCCGGACGGUUCCGUGUACGCUGAGAAAGAUGUGGCGAACCUGACGGAGCCGGUCCAGUUCAUGGUGACAGCACGUGGGCGUAGCCUGGAGGCGCAUAUCUGGGAGACGACAGUCAAGCUGGCCCUGGCAGGACACCCGUCUCAGAUAGGAGAGGGCGGAGCCUUCCCACGGCACCACCUGCUGCCGCGGGUCAUCUCGUUUCCACGGCGACGCAACUCUCCUCUCUCACUGCGUCGGCAGAAGAGAGACUGGGUCAUCCCACCCAUCAACGUGCCGGAGAACUCCAGAGGACCCUUUCCGCAGAUGCUUGUCAGGAUUCGCUCAGAUAAGGACCGAGACACCCAGAUCCGCUACAGCAUUACAGGAGCUGGCGCUGACCAGCCCCCCACCGACGUGUACAACAUCGACCCUGUGGCCGGGAAGAUGUAUGUCACCAGGCCCCUGGACCGCGAGGAGAGGGCCUCCUACCAUGUGAAAGCCCAUGCCGUGGAUAUGAACGGAAUCCAGGUGGAGAGCCCCAUUGACCUGUACAUCUAUGUCAUCGACAUGAACGACAACAGACCAGAGUUCCAGAACCAGGUGUACAACGGCUCUGUGGCCGAGGGCAGCAAACCAGGUACUCCUGUCAUGCGGGUGACCGCCCACGAUGCGGACGACGACACCACGACCAACGGGAUCAUUCAGUACCGCAUCCUGUCGGAGACGCCGCACAGCGCCGCUCACAUGUUCACCAUCAACGGGGACACGGGAGACAUCGUCACCGUGGCAGCGGGCCUGGACAGGGAGAGAGUGCCCCAGUACAUGCUUAUAGUCCAGGCCACAGACAUGGAAGGCAGCCAGACCAUCGGCCUGUCCAACACUGCCACGGCCCUGAUCACAGUGAGGGACAUCAACGACAACCCGCCAGAGAUGACCUCCCGCACGUUCUCAGGGGAAGUCCAGGAAAACUCAGUGAACGUUGUGGUUGCGAACAUAACGGUGACGGAUCGUGACCAGCCGGACACUCCAAACUGGAGAGCGGUCUAUAAGAUUGUUCAUGGGGACCCCCAGGGCCACUUCGCCAUCAACACAAACCACGUUACUAAUGAUGGCAUGGUGACGGUUGUUAAGCCGGUGGACUUUGAGAACAACCGCUCGUUCAUGCUGACCGUGGUGGUGUUCAACCCCGUGGAGCUGGCCAAGGGCAUCCAGUCGUCGCCCGAGUCCACAGCCGGCGUCAGCAUCUCCGUGCGCGACGUCAACGAGCCUCCAUACUUCCCCUCCAACCCCACCAUGAUCGCUUGAGGAGGCGUCCCUUGUGCCAUCAUCACCGGCCUGUUCAGUCUGAAUGACACACCUGUGUUUGUUCUCAGGUACUCCAAGCUGUCCGACCCAGCCAACUGGCUACGGAUCAACACGUCAAAUGGGGAGAUCACCACGCUGGCUACCCUGGACAGAGAGUCCCCUUACGUGAAGAAUAACAUCUACGAGGCCACCUUCCUCGCAGCUGAUGAUGGCAGGCCCUCGGCCACGGGCACAGGCACGCUGCAGAUCUACCUGACCGACGUGAACGACAACGCCCCCACGCUGCAGCCCAGGGAAGCACAGGUGUGCGAGCGCUCGCGCUACGGCUCCCGGGUCAACCUGACAGCCUCGGACCCCGACGCUGACCAGAGCGCCGGACCCUUCAACUUCGAGCUGCCCCCCUAUCCUCCUUCUGUGCGCCGCAACUGGACCAUCGCACAGUUCAAUGGGCCGCUGCGGGGCUACUAUGUGCAGCUGCGGCUGAAGCUGCACUACCUGCAGGCGGGCAUGUACAGCGUGCCGGUGCUGGUGACCGACUCGGGCAACCCGCCCAUGUCUAACCGCUCGAUGCUGAGGGUCAAGGUGUGUCCGUGCGACGUCGACGGCUACUGCACGGCCGUGGGAGCGGUGGCGGCCGCUGGACUGGGCACCGGAGCCAUCAUUGCCAUCCUCAUCUGCAUCAUUAUACUGCUGAGUAUGGUGCUGCUCUUUGUGGUGUGGAUGAAGAGGCGGGAAAAAGAGAGACAGACGAAGCCACUCCUCAUCGACCCAGAGGACGACGUGAGGGACAACAUCCUGAAAUACGACGAGGAAGGGGGAGGAGAGGAGGACCAGGACUAUGACCUGAGCCAGCUACAGCAGCCUGAGUCCCUUGACCACAUCAUGGCCAAGCCGGUAGGAGUGAGGAGAGUGGAUGAGAGGCCCGUGAUUGCUGAGUCCCAGUACCCAGCCCGGUCCACCCUACCCCACCCCGGGGACAUAGGAGACUUCAUCAAUGAUGGCCUGCGGGCGGCAGAUAACGACCCCACGGCCCCACCGUACGACUCACUGCUGGUGUUCGACUACGAGGGCAGCGGCUCCACGGCCGGCUCGGUCAGCUCGCUGGACACAUCCAGCUCCGACGACCAGGACUACGACUACCUCAACGAUUGGGGGCCACGCUUCAAGAAGCUGGCUGACCUCUAUGCUGGCGGGGAGGAGGACUGAGGACCCUCCCGUUACCCCACCUACACCCACCACCCACCACCCACCACACGGACACACACACACACACACACACAAUCACACACACACACACACACACACCCAACAGCCCCCCUUACCCCGGCCCAAAAUCACCCACUCCAGCCUGGGGGAGAGAAGAGGAAGAAGAGGGGUAGGAGAGGGAGGAGGAGAAGGAGGAGGAGGAGGAGAGCGGAGAUGUUUGGGGAUUGACACCACCGAGAGGGAGAAAUGGACACAGCCAAUGGGCUAGCCAGCUAAUGUGCUAGCCAGUGUAUAGUGCAUUGAGCAUGUGCUGUAGAAUGGCCUAUGGUGACCUGCGAUUCAGCUCUGGUUUUUCAAUCAGUCUUUUUUGUGUGUGGCUUUGAAUGUUUUUGUCUUUUUUGACCAGUUUUUCCUCAAUUGCAGAGUUAAUGGCAACAGAGUGAUGGUAUAUGCUCGCUGAGAGAUUUUUUUGAAUGUUUUGUUUUGUGCAUCUUCCUUUUGUGUGUGGUAGGCUUUAUCACUGGAGGGAAUCGGGGGUGUAAGACCAUAACACUCCCUCUCUCCCUCCUCGCUCUAUCUCUCUUUCAACUUGAAUUUGAUUGGAGCAGAAGCACUGUCGUUUCUAAAGUGCCUUUUGUGGUGUGUUUUCUACUGGAUUCCUGCCAUCUCAGGGUCAGUUGCCAUCUUCAGAAAACUCUGUUCUCUCUCUUUUUUUUUUUUUGCUCUUUCUUUCUGGUGGGUUUUGUUCAACACAUCUCCCUUGUUAGUCUCCUCUCUCCAACCCCCCAUACAUUUGCCUUUUAUUGCCCUCUAUCUCUUCCUCCCUCGCUCUCUCUCUCUCUCUCUCUCUCUCGCUUGCUCUCUCCUCUC